GUACCUUUGAGCUUUGAUUCCUGUCUUAUCACUAGUACUGCUGCAGGCGUGCCAUGCACAUAUGCUCUUAUGAAAAUUCGCAAUACAGCACCCUUCAAAGAUCAUGGAACUUUCCCUUCUUCAACUUCGAUUUGUGCCCUCAAAUCUCUCAGAGUAUGACCACAACCUGAUUCUCGCAUGCGUUUUCCAAAUUCGAAACCCUCAAUCAUGGCCCAAACGUCGAUCCACUUAUUGAAAAUAUCUUGGCUGCAUUCAUGUAAUCAGUUCAAAAACCCUGCUACGUCCUACAGGCAGGUCUCUACCACAUACCAACCACAUCGACUGGGGAUUUACCCCUCCCUGUCUCGAAGUCGCCAUCACCUCCACAACCUAACAUCAAGCAGCAGAUGCUCUACUCCUGUACUAUCGCUGGUGCUGGUCCCUGCAUGCCCCUUUCUGAAUGUUAGUACCCUGGAUAUAUUCAGUUUCCCCUGUUCGAUAUCCUCAGCAGCACUCCGCAUGGUGGCGAGGCGCCGUCUGAACUCUCUGAAGUACGCUCGUACCGCUCAAAAAGCUUUGGCAGCUCAACAAAGCCACAUUAACAACUGUUCUAUCUGUUCCGAUUAUCCCGAGAAUUUUCCAUCCUACCCCGCACUGGACUCUUUGGCCCACCUUCACCGGCACCUGCCAGACGCAUCUCCUCCGCUUUUUGGAAUACUUGAAUUAACCGAAGCAAUGUCGAAGUACAUGAGGAGGGUGUCGAGGGCCUUGCCGCAUGAUCAACAAAGCCCGCAAUCACCACUGUACCAGGGUGGUCUGGUGCAGGUCGUCGGGUGUGCUGGGGGUCCUGGCACAGUAGCAGGAGUCCUGGCCCGUAGUCAGUAGUUCUGCGUUUGUGUUGUAGUCAGUCCCGGAUAGAGAGAGCCGCAGCCUCCCGCUAUGGAGGUCUGGCCUUGGUUCCCCUUCCAAUCCGUCCCGUUACACCACUCCGCCUAUCCAGUGGUCUGUAUCAGACGUUCACAAUUCAUUCAUUUGCUACAC